AUGCUGCGGGACGCGGAUAUAGAUGCCCUGAACAGCCACGUCUCAUCCCUGUCCCGGGAAAACGAGCAGCACCAUGCCAGCCUCCAAGACUUGCUCACCCAGUUUCGGAGCUUGCUGGAUGACUACAGUGCUUUGAAGAGCGACUACGAGGAAGUGAAGGAUGGUAGGGAGAAAUACAAAAAGCAGGCCCGCGGUCAGUUCAAGGAACACUUCGUCAAGGCCGGGAGUGAAGGCGGAAUUAAUGCAGCUCGUGAGCUGAGUGACUCGAUCAAGGAACUCAUGCAUUCGACAAUGGGGGCUCAGGCAGACCAGUGUCGGAUUAUGGUUCGUGUCUACGCCAAUCUGCUCGGAUUGUCCAAAGCAUUCGCUCGCGCUGGGCUGUCGGGGCACGAGGCUCGAUCCCUCUCUCCGUUCUGCGCUGCGUUCACCCGAGCGCAGGAUCUAUUUGAUUUUGUAGAUGCUGCGGAAAAGAAGGAAGGAAGUGACUUCAAGAUCCGGGAAAUGUUUCGACUCUUUGCAGAUCUCAACCAAUGCCGGCAUAUUUAUUUUGCUGGAUGUCACGAUACUGGAUACGGCUCCCUGUUGACUCCCCAUAGGGGUAGCGACCGUAUCACCCUUAUCAAAGCUGCAUCGUUCCACCGCGACUUUGAAUCUUUAGGCCUUCCCAUCAGGGAGUUGCCCUCUGUAUUCACCUCAGCACCUUUAGCCAAUACAAACGGCAGCAUCAAACCGGCUGCCUCAAUUAAUGGCAAGCCCAAGCCUGUCCCGACUGCUCCGACGGUUAAGCCGGGCAUCUGCAAGUUUGGCAAUGGUUGCAUCAAACAGCACAUCAUGCCCAACCAACAGCUGUCCCCUCCUCACGAAGAAGAGAAAAGUGCCUCUAAGCAGCUAUGGUCCGCCCCAUCGGUUGUCGGUCGCUCCGAGGAAUUUUUUCAAACCACGCUACCUCUCCCAAGCCUCAAAUCGGAGGAGUUUAUUCCCGUGAAUAAAGACGGAGAUCGCAUCGACACUUAUUGUCCUCCUCCAAACCAGGAAGCGUUUGAAGAAUACCACCGCCGGGCCAAGCUCCACAAAGUCUGCAACAGCUAUCAUCUUUCCGGAGAAUGUGGUGAUAUGAGCUGCCCUUUCGACCAUAGCGAUGUCUCCGACACGAUCAUCGAUGUCCUUAGACACAUGCUCCUUCAGCAUCCUUGCUCUCGUGGCCGCGCUUGUCGAUCGAUAAAGUGCUACUUGGGCCACAUGUGCCAGAAACCUGGCUGUAAGGCUGUGAAGAGCUGGCAAUGCCGCUUCAAUCAACGUGCCCACACUCUUGAUCUGCAGGUCGCUCAGUGGGUCACGCCCAUGGAACAUCCUGACGUGGAUCCAUUCUCCCCCAGCGGCAGCUCUACAGGAGAUACCUCCCCGAGCACUAUCUACUUCGGCUAA